AUGGCACGCAAAGGCUUUUACUUACUCGGCUUCAUUGCUUUUGUUCUUGUGAUUAGCAAAUCCAAUGUUAAUUGCAUAGAAACUGUUGCAGUUGAGCCUAUUCUUGACGUUGCUUCGUUGAAUCGAAACAGUUUCCCUCCAGGUUUCAUCUUUGGGGCAGGAUCCUCGUCGUACCAAUUCGAAGGUGCAGCAAUGGAAGGUGGUAGAGGACCAAGCAUAUGGGACACCUUCACCCAUGAACAUCCAGAAAAGAUAAAGGAUAGAAGCAAUGGAGAUGUAGCCAUUGACACAUAUAACCACUACAAGGAAGAUGUUGGGAUCAUUAAGGAUAUGAACUUGGAUUCAUACAGAUUCUCCAUAUCAUGGUCAAGAAUAUUGCCAAAUGGAAAGCUAAGCGGAGGUAUAAAUCAAGAAGGAAUAAAUUAUUACAACAACCUCAUCAACGAGCUAGUGGCUAAUGGUAUACAACCAUUUGUGACUCUUUUUCAUUGGGAUCUUCCCCAAGCCUUAGAAGAUGAGUACGGUGGCUUCUUAAGCCCUCGCAUAGUAAAAGAUUUUCGGGACUAUGCGGAUCUUUGCUUCAAGGAAUUUGGUGAUAGGGUGAAAUAUUGGGUUACUUUGAAUGAGCCAUGGAGUUAUAGCAAUAAUGGCUAUGCAAAUGGGAGAAUGGCACCAGGUCGUUGUUCAGCUUGGUUGAAUCUAAAUUGUACUGGUGGCGAUUCUUCAACAGAGCCUUAUUUGGUUACACACUAUCAACUUCUUGCUCAUGCAACAGCUGUUCGUGUGUACAAGACCAAGUAUCAGGCAUCUCAAAAGGGUUCGAUAGGCAUAACCUUGGUAGCAAACUGGUACUUGCCACUCUCUGAUUCCAAAUCUGAUCAAAAGGCUGCUGAAAGAGCAAUUGAGUUCAUGUAUGGAUGGUAUAUGGAUCCACUAACAUCAGGAGACUAUCCAAAAAGCAUGCGAUCUCUCGUGAGAACGCGAUUACCAAAGUUUACCACAGAGCAAUCGAGACUACUCAUUGGUUCAUUUGAUUUUAUUGGUCUAAACUAUUACUCAUCAACUUAUGCCUCUGACGCACCUCAUCUGAGCAACGCUAGACCUAAUUACCAAACAGAUGAUCUGGUCAAUCCUGCAUUUGAGCGUGAUGGGAAACCGAUAGGUAUAAAGAUUGCUUCCGAUUGGUUGUAUGUUUAUCCACGAGGAAUUCGUGACCUUUUGUUAUAUACCAAGGAAAAGUACAAUAACCCUUUAAUUUACAUAACUGAAAAUGGUAUAAAUGAAUUCGAUGAUCCAACCGUAUCAGUUGAGGAGUCCCUUAUGGAUACUUUCCGAAUUGAUUAUCAUUAUCGUCAUCUCUUUUAUCUUCGAUCUGCAAUUAGGGAGGGUGUGAACGUAAGGGGAUAUUAUGUAUGGUCUUUGUUUGAUAAUUUCGAAUGGUCUUCGGGCUAUACGGUGCGAUUCGGAAUGACCUUUGUGGAUUACAAAAAUGGCUUGAAAAGAUAUCAAAAACUCUCGGCACUGUGGUUCAAGAAUUUUCUCAAAAAAGAAAAUAAACUUUAUGAUUCUAGUAAAUAA